AUGGGUAAACGUGGCGGUAGAAAGGGUGGCGGCGGCCGCGGCGGCGGACGCGCUCAGCGGCAGAACUGGGCCGAUCUUCCCAGGACCAAUGCGAAAUUCGAGCAGUUUUAUAAUGAACAAGGCUUCAUUCCUGAGGAAGAGAAAGAGGAGUUUUGGAAUGCUCUACGCAGGGAUCUCCCCAACAGCUUCCGCUUCACUGGCUCUCGAGGACACGCCCUCGCCGUGCAGGAGAGACUCAAGGACUAUUACGUUCCCGAGAUCACGUCUAUCCAGUAUGAAGGCAACUUCGUCGAACCUCCCCGCCCAGUCCCGUGGUACCCAGAUCAGCUCGCCUGGUCGAUGACAACACCCAAGCAAGUCGUCCGGCGAUUCGCACCCUUCGCCUCAUUCCAAAAGUUCCUUGUCGCGGAGACGGAGGUGGGAAACAUCAGUCGCCAGGAGGUGGUUAGCAUGAUCCCCCCGCUAUUGAUGGACCUUAAGCCCGGCAUGACGGUUCUGGAUAUGUGCGCUGCUCCUGGUAGUAAAUCCGCGCAGCUCAUGGAGAUGAUCCACGCAGGCGAAGAGGAGGCCAUGCUGGAGGUUUCCAAGCAAGUGAAGGCCGGAACCGCCGGCCCGGAGCCUCUCGGUCCCGAAGGCCUCAACGACGAUGGCAGGACCACGGGUCUCCUCAUCGCCAACGACGCCGACUACAAGCGCGCACAUAUGCUGAUCCACCAAAUGAAGCGUCUAAACUCGCCCAACCUGAUCGUCACGAAUCACGACGCUACGCUCUAUCCCUCCAUCAAGCUGCCCCAGCGCCCGGAAGAUAAGGGGAUCCAGAGAUAUCUGAAGUUCGAUCGCAUUCUGGCCGAUGUGCCCUGCACUGGAGAUGGAACUGCACGCAAGAACUGGGGAGUGUGGAGAGAAUGGGGCCCCGCCAAUGCGUUGGGUCUGCACCCCACGCAGGUCCGCAUCCUGGUGCGCGCAUUGCAGAUGCUCAAGGUUGGCGGAAGAGUUGUCUAUUCGACUUGCAGUAUGAACCCUCUUGAAAAUGAGGCUGUUAUUGCUAGCGCCAUUGAGAGAUGCGGCGGCGGCGCCAAGGUUCGCAUCGUCGAUUGCAGCAACGAACUGCCGGGCUUGAAGAGAGCCCCCGGUCUCCGCUCCUGGAAGGUAAUGGAUCGCGAGAACCGGAUGUGGAACAGCUGGAAAGAAAUCGAGGAGCAGAGGGAGCGCGAAGGCAUUAGCGGCCUUGGCAGAAUCGCCGAAGGCAUGUUCCCUCCCACUGGCGAGAACGCGGACUUGCCUUUGGAACGGUGCAUGCGCGUUUACCCCCACAUGCAGGAUACUGGUGGAUUCUUCAUCACCGUGCUUGAGAAGCUAUCUGAAAUCCGGGCCAAGCCGGAGGAUUCCUCGAAGGUCAUCCCGAAGGGCACGAUUGCUGCACUGACGGAGGAGCUUGAGUUCAAGUCGAAGAACGGAAAGGGCGAGCCUCUGGAGAAGAUCGACGCGUUGGAUGAUCUGGUUACUCCUGACAGGGAAGCAGAAGAGGAGGCUGAGAAGAAUGCUUCUGUGGCCGAAGCUGUCCACCAGCCACCGUAUUCUGCGACGAACCAGAUCAGCCCCGCGAAGCGGGAGGCAGAGAGCAUGGAAGACGAGCUUCCUUCGAAGAAAACUAAGCUCGAAGAUGGCAGUGAGGUCCUCGUUGGAGACCGUCCUAUCCACCGCCCCGCGCCGGUGACAGAGUCUGACAAUGUUGAGAUGUCCGAGGCUACCAGCACCCCUGCUCCCCGGGACACCCCUCAAACAGAAAAGGAGGAACCCAAGCCUAAGCCUCCACAAAAGAGAAAGCCGGGCCAGCCGAUUGAAGAACCCUACAAAUAUCUGCCCCCUACGCACGAAGUUAUUGAGCCAAUUUUCCAGUUCUAUCAGGCAUCGGACCGGUUCCCUCGGGACCGUUUUAUGGUCCGCAAUGCGGAGGGCAACCCUACAAAGACGAUCUAUUACACUGCUCCUCUCACGCGGGACAUCCUGCAGGCGAAUGAGGGCCAUGGUAUGAAGAUCGUUCACUGCGGUGUCAAGAUGUUCGUGAAGCAAGACGUGCAACGCUCUGGCGUUUGCCCAUGGCGUAUUCAGACCGAUGGGCUUCGGAUUCUCGAGCCCUGGCUUGGAUCUGAACGUGCUGUUGCCCUGAACCGCAAGGAAACUCUGCGGAAGCUACUGAUCGAGAUGUUCCCCAAGGUCAAUGACGAGGGUUGGAAGGAUCUUGGAGAGAUCGGUGAACGGGUCCGGGAUAUCCCUAUGGGAUGUAGUAUAUUGUAUGUUGAGCCGGAUUCUACGGACGGUGGUUUCAGUGAACGGAUGGUCCUUCCCCUUUGGCGGUCCCUGCAUUCUAUCAACCUCAUGCUUCCCAAGGAGGAGCGUCGUGCCAUGCUUCUCCGGCUUUUCAAUGACGACACGCUGGUGGUUAACACGACUGGUAAGCGGGCAGCAGCCUCCCAGGACGCGACUCCUGUGACUGAGGACACCCCGUCCGCCGUGCCUACUGAGACGGAGGAGGAGGCGAUCAAGCAAGAGAACCUUGCUCUCGGCCAAGAUGAGCAGGAGCAGACUGAGACGCGGGAGACUUAUACCAAGGCCGGCGAUGAGGAAGAUCGGCUCAACACGACUGUAUAG